CAGAGAGGAUAUGGCAGCCGUCUCAGUGAGUCUCCCCUGGCUGGAAAGUACCAAGUCACAGAUUCAGAACCUCCAGAUAUGGAAGGAAUUCUCUUCUAAACUCCAUGAUGCCGUCCAACAGCAGAUGAAUGAAAGCAACAUUAAACAAUUUACAGAUCUGUCAGAGUCAGAGAAGAUCUUUGUGUUGGAAAAAGCAGCCAAGGCUUUGCAUGCAGGAGACAUUUACAAUAAAGUUUCCAACCAUAUCAGCUCCUGUCUGGAAGACAAUGUAUUCAGCUCUGCGGCUCAUCAACUACAAGACAGCAACGUCCCAAAGAAUCAGUCUGCCUUAGUCACUGCCCAUAUCCAGGAUGGAGUGAUCAACAUCCUGGAGAAAAGACCAGCUCUGAAGGUUAAACUCCGUGUCCUUUUCAAUCAGCCCUUAUCUACUUCUAUAAGAAAUGUAGUAUGGAAACUGCAGCUGUCAAAUACAAAGGCACGUAUGGAAUACCUGAAGCAAUUGUCCAUGAACAAGGCCAGGUCUGUGCUGGACAGAGAGAUUUCACUCCAAUGCCAAGAUCUACUGUUGAAAGUCCCUGCAUUUCAGCAUCUUAAAGAAAAUAACAGUGUUUUAAGGACCAUGCGCAAUGUUCUCUCCUAUUACCAUAAACUUCAGCGCAUGGAGGGAAGUCUUCCUGAGCCGGAGUAUCUUCUACUUCUGCCUCUGGUCCAGGUUGCCUUAGACAAUAACCCCAGUGCAUCUCUCGACUCUGCAUCUACCAAUCUGGUUGAAGAGUAUGUGGCUUUCAUGGACUAUCGGCCAUCUAUUAUGCACAGGCCUAAUUCCCUUGAGGCUUCAUUGCAUGAAGAUGGUCUUUUUAAAGAAAUGGCACAGUCGUUAAAAAACAUCGCUCAAAAUUUGGCACACACCAUAGAAAAUAUUUACUCCUCUCUCGCCAGCGCUCCAGAAGAAGCUCUUCUGAUGGGAUUAACCAAGAUGUUACAACCAGUCAUUCAGGUCUUCUUUGUAGGUUAUCUGAACAUGAGCACUUUACUAUAUGUUUGGGACCAGCACAUCUUAGGACUUGAUGAACCUGUUUAUAACUGCUUGUCCGCCUACAGCCUGGCAUUUCUUAUGCUGAUGCAUGAUCGUCUCAGCACCUGCAUUUCUCACAAUGAAUUGGAAACAGUGAUUAAGACACAAGGUCCUAGUUUGUCCGUUGAAGAGUUUCAGAUAGUAAUCAAUAAGUACUUCUACUCUGAACUCUUCAAACUGUUGAACAAAGAAGGAAGCGGUCCACUCCCGGUACAUGACCCAACACAAGCCACCCCAUUGUGGAGUCACAUUUCCAAAACAACAGUCCCACAAAGAAACAGGCCACAGGACAGAAGGCAAGCUAGGGAGGAACGAGAGCUGCUUAGGAAGCAAGUUGCAGAGAGACAGAGAACGGAAGAAAAUAUACAACGUCUUCAAGAGCAGGAGCAAAAAAAGCAGCAGGAAGAGAGACUCAGCCGAUUACUCGAAGACACCAAGAAAAGAUUUGACGAAGAGAAAUCUUAUCUUGAAAAUGAGCUUCUGCAGGAACGGCAACAGAGCUACGAGAAGCAGAAACUGGCUGAGGCAGAAAUAAGCGAUUUACAAGGGCAAAUCAGGAGACUAAUGCAGCAAAGACGGACAUCUGUUGGUGAAUAUUCCGUGGAAAGCCUUAUAGCUCCUCCUCCUUCUGCAAAUUCCCAGGCGCCCAAUGAGUUUUCACAUGCGGCACCUCCAGCACCUUCUGAGCAGCAAGCAGCAACAACUGUUAAAGAUGUGGAUGGAAAAACUGCAAAUACCGUGGCAUUUGAUCUGUUAAAGCAAAUAAUGGAGUCUGCAGAUUCAAUUGUGAAUGGGCACAGCAUUGCUGAACGGAACACUUUAAAUGCAAUUAUGAAGAGACAGCUUAAAGAAUAUCGAGAAGAUGUGAAGAAUUCAGAGAUGGAAAUAUUGGGACAUGAGCUGGAAUCAAAUGAACUAGACAGGAUAGAGGAGCCAAGAAGAUCUGCAAUAGCAAGAAGAUUAACAUUGGCCAUCAAGAGAAAGACAGAGGCACGCUACACAGCUUCACUGAAGUCCAGGGAAAGGUUUACCAAACCAUGAAAUAUAACACUUGUAUUUCAAUACAUUGCUUAUAUACUUAACCGAUUUCCCCUCUAUAGGAACGGGUGUCUUAGUUUUAGGGCGUGUAUAAAUAUAUAUUUGUGAUCAUCAACCAUGUGGGAUAUACCCAGUUCAUAACAUUUGGUUUCAGACAGAUUUGGAAUGCUCCACAAAAAGAUUAAGACAGAUUCUGAACCCUUAUUUGUAUACUGCAAUUUUAAUAAAAAUUUUAAA